AUGGCACCCCGACCGUUCCGCUUGGUUGUCGGAGUUCCUCGCGAUGACACGAUCGAGCCCUUGACACCAACGACAACGCAGCCACAGAGCGUCGCACCUAUGACGGCACGAUACCAGCCUGACCGGACCCAGGGCGAUGCUCACCCAGAAUGCCAUGCCUAUCCUGGCAGGUCCGACGUCGAGGCACUCAUGUCCCGCAAGCUCCAGAGGAGUCGCCACACCAGCACAUCCCAAGAAGGGAUCUGGGACUGCCUCUCCGACUUUUGGGAAAGCUGGUGCUUCUUUGACCGUGCUGCGAUCGAUGCUGUGAUCGAUGCUGCGAUAGGUGCUGUGACCGGUGCUGUGACCGGUGUUGUGAUAGAUGUUGCGAUAGAUGGGCCACGGUAUGCAUCGAAGUAUGCGGGAGGAGGACGCCGUCCGGUCAGUGACAUAGCGACCGUCUGGUUCUGUUAG